GAGAAUCAAUUUAAUGUUAGUCACGUCAGUACAAUUGGCGUUGAUUUUAAAAUUAAAAAUAUGGAAAAGAAUGGAAAAAAAGUUAAAUUACAAAUAUGGGAUACUGCUGGACAAGAACGUUUUAGAACAAUAACAACAAGUUAUUAUAAAGGAGCACAAGGAGUUAUAAUGGUAUAUGAUAUAACACAAAGAAAAUCAUUUGAAAAUUUAUCAACAUGGUUAAAUGAUGUUAAACAAUAUGCAGAUCCAAAUGUUUCAUUAAUUCUAGUUGGAAAUAAAGUUGACUUGGAAGAUCAGAGACAAGUAACUGAAAAUGAAGCAAAUGAAUGGGCACAAAGAAAUAAUAUUUCUGUUUGUUUACAAACAUCUGCUAUGAAUUCUUUAAAUGUUGAUGUAGCUUUUGAUAGAAUGGUAGAUGGUAUUUUUGAACAUUCAUUUGAAAAUUCACUUUCAGCACCUAAAAAAGAAACUGUUAAAAUUAAUAACAAUGAUCAAGUUGUAAAGAAACCAUCAAAGAGAUGUUUAAUUCUUUAAUUUUUGAUUAUUAUUUUAGAUUUUAUUUAUUGUAUUUUUAUUAAAUAAACAUUUACACCAACAAAC